AUGUCAGGACGCGGAAAAGGAGGCAAGGCCAAGACUGGAGGCAAAGCAAAGUCGAGAUCGUCGCGUGCUGGCCUACAGUUUCCUGUUGGGCGACUUCACCGAAUGCUUCCCAAAGGCAACUAUGCAGUGAGGAUUGGUGGUGGAGCUCCCGUCUAUCUCGCAGCAGUCCUCGAAUACCUGGCAGCUGAAGUUCUAGAGUUGGCUGGUAACGCAGCUCGUGACAACAAGAAGUCUAGAAUCAAUCCUCGUCACCUCCAACUGGCUGUUCAUAACGACGAGGAGCUUAAUAAGCUGCUCUCGGGAGUAACGAUCACCCAGGGAGGAGUUCUGCCGAACAUCCAGACUGUACUUCUGCCGAAGAAGACCGGUGGAGAAAAGGAAUAA